UCGAGUUGAAAAAAAGAGGUCAACUGGCUUGAAAGCAAGGCCCUGCCUGCCGUAUAGCCACGGAGGAGAGCGCCUUGGCACAGGUGGACAGCUGAGCCCACCCAGCUGACGCUCCUAUCUCACCAAUGAUGGCAUGAACGUCCUGUUCAUAGUUGUGGAUGAUCUGCGUCCCGUUUUGGGCUGUUACGGAGAUAAGCUUGUGAAAUCUCCAAACAUUGAUCAGCUUGCUUCUCAAAGUAUUGUGUUCAGCAAUGCGUAUGUACAGCAAGCCGUGUGUGCUCCCAGUAGAGUGUCAUUUCUUACUGGACGCAGACCUGAUACUACCCGAUUGUACGAUUUCUACUCCUACUGGAGGGUACAUGCAGGAAACUAUUCCACGAUGCCACAGUAUUUCAAGGAGAAUGGCUAUGUGACCUUAUCUGUGGGGAAAGUUUUUCAUCCUGGGGUUUCAUCCAAUUACAGUGAUGACUAUCCAUACAGUUGGUCCAUUCCACCCUUUCAUCCUUCAACUGAAAAGUAUGAAAAUGAUAAGACUUGUAGGGGAAAAGAUGGAAAACUUUAUGCUAACUUGGUGUGCCCAGUGGAUGUGACAGAAAUGCCUAGUGGUACUCUGCCUGAUAUUCAGAGCACUGAAGAGGCCAUACGCUUACUGAAUGUUAUGAAAACAAACAAGCAAAAAUUCUUCCUGGCUGUUGGUUACCACAAACCACAUAUCCCUCUGAGGUACCCACAGGAAUUUCUAAAGUUGUACCCCUUGGAAAACAUCACAUUAGCCCCAGAUCCCUGGGUGCCUGAGAAACUACCUUCUGUGGCGUACAACCCCUGGAUGGAUAUCAGACAGAGGGAUGAUGUGGAAGCAUUAAAUGUUAGUUUCCCAUAUGGACCACUUCCAGAUGACUUCCAGCGGCAGAUUCGUCAGAGCUAUUAUGCAGCAGUUUCUUACCUGGAUAUGCAAGUUGGCCUGCUCUUGAAUGCUUUGGAUGAUGUAGGACUCUCAAAUAGCACAAUAGUAGUUUUUACUGCUGAUCAUGGAUGGUCCCUGGGAGAACAUGGUGAAUGGGCAAAAUACAGCAAUUUUGAUGUUGCCACCCGUGUGCCGCUGAUGUUUUAUGUACCAGGAAUGACAACUUCCUCUGUUAGUCAAGGAGAGAGGGUCUUUCCCUACCUUGACCCUUUUAGCCAUAUUUUAAGCUUGGUACCUCAAGGGGAAAGCAAAAAAGUGGUUGAGCUUGUGUCUCUGUUUUCAACACUUGCUGAACUUGCUGGCCUUCAAGUUCCUCCUGCGUGCCCAGAGACUUCGUUUCAUGUUGCACUGUGCACUGAGGGAGCAAGCAUUGUCCGGUACUUUAAUGCCUCUGAAGAGAAGGUGGAGGAAGAGAAGGUUGUGUGUGAUGACACUUACAGGUGUUUUAAUGAAGAACCUGUUGCUUUCAGCCAAUAUCCCCGGCCUGCAGACACUCCUCAGUGGAACUCUGACAAGCCGAAGCUGAAAGACAUCAGAAUCAUGGGCUAUUCCAUGCGUACAAUUGACUACAGGUAUACUGUAUGGGUUCAGUUUAAUCCUAACAACUUCAGUGCUAACUUUGAGGAUGUCCAUGCAGGAGAGUUGUAUGUGGUGGAGACUGAUCCAAACCAGGAUUAUAACAUCUAUAACAAUACCUCACAUGGUUGGUUGUUCAAAAAAAUUCUUGGCUUCCUGAAGCACUAGAGUUCAGAAACUUCUUUGUGCAAGUUCUUGCAAGUGAAGUAACACUUCCUUUUUUUUUUUUUUGUAUAAAAACCUUUCUGUUCUACAGAAAACACUUGGAUUGAAUUAAAAUCCUGUUUGU